AAGGGUCACACUUUGGACUCCACAGCCAGAGGGCAGCUAGAGCACCCGAAGUCCCCGGGUACUUGAGCCCCUGGGCUCCACGCCCCUGCUGGAGGCCGACUCCCCGGCGGGGUCAGUGGUCCAAGACGUUCAAGGGGAGGCGGGAUCGCUCACUCUCUGCCCCCGGAAGGAGAUGGGCACCUGCCGCGGUCACUCGGUUACUGCCCUCGCGGCUCCUCCAGGCGCCCAGCUUCUCUUUCACCCCUUCAUUACGCUGGCGCCUCGCGGGGGUCCGGCCGCGAGCGCGGGGCGCAGGUGGUGCGCGGCUCCAGCGCUGCCUCCCGGGCCGGUUUCAGGGGACUCCUUUCUCCUGGACCUUGGAGCUAUGACCCUUUGGAGGUGACCCAGGAGAGGAGGGAUGCAGGCCUUUGUUCCUCCAGAUAAGGGACCCCUCCAAGGCCUCGUGGCCUCCCGCAUUGAGACCUACGGGGGCCGGCAUGGGGCCCCUGCCCAGAGUGUCCAUUCCCGAGGAGUUCCGGUGCCGGAUGCCAGCCGCUACCGCCUGCCGCUCUAUGUCCCCUUUCCCAAGAGCUCCGGCCAGGCCAGAGGCCUGCCUCCUGUGGUAUUGCGAGAACCAGAGGCAGAGAGGAGGCAUGGAGGCUAUGGGGGCCCACUUCACUCCCCCAAACUCAAGGAAGUCACCGUUGCCCACGAGCUGGAGUUAAGGCUGCACACGUUCAGCAUGUUUGGGAUGCCCCGCCUGCCGCCCGAGGACCGGCGACACUGGGAGAUAGGAGAGGGUGGCGACAGCAGUCUGGCUAUCGAGAAGUCCUGGAGGGAGCUGGUGCCCGGGCACAAGGAGAUGAGCCGCGAACUCUGCCACCAGCAGGAGGCGCUGUGGGAGUUACUGACCACCGAGCUGAUCUACGUGAGAAAGCUCAAGAUCAUGACCGAACUCCUGGCUGCUGGUUUGCUGAAUCUGCAGCGAGUAGGACUGCUGAUGGAAGUGUCAGCUGAGACUCUGUUUGGAAAUGUCCCCAGCCUGAUUCGAGCCCACCGGAGCUUUUGGGAGGAGGUGCUGGGGCCCACCCUGGAGGAGGCUCGUGCCUCCCGUCAGCCCCUGGACCCCAUCAGCCUGCAAAAUGGCUUCCUCACGUUUGACCAGCGGUUCCAGCCCUAUGUCCAGUACUGCAUGCAAGUGAAGCAGACCAUGGCUUACGCCCGGAAGCAGCAAGACACGAACCCUCUCUUCCAUACCUUCGUGCAGUGGUGUGAGAAGCACAAGCGCUCAGGGAGGCAGAUGCUGGGUGACCUGCUCAUCAAGCCCCAGCAGCGCGUCACCAAGUACCCCCUGCUGCUGCAGGCCGUGCUCAAGAGGAGCCCCGAGCCACCCGCCCGCCAGGCCCUGCUGGCCAUGAUCAGGGCCGUGGAGUCCUUCCUGCAGUACAUCAAUGGGCGGGUCCGCCAGGGCGAGGAGCAGGAGAGCCUGGUGGCCACGGCCCAGCGCAUCGGCCCCUACGACGUCCUGGAGCCGCCUAGCGAGGAGGUGGAGAAGAGCCUGCGCCCGUUCUCCAGCCUGGACCUGACAUCACCCAUGCAGGGGGUCGGGCCCGAGCACACCAGGCAGCUGCUGCUGGAGGGACCUGCACGUGUGAAGGAGGGGCGGGAAGGGAAGCUGGACGUGUACCUGUUCCUCUUCUCCGACGUGCUCCUGGUGACCAAGCCUCAACGCAAGGCAGACAGAGCCAAGGUCAUCCGCCCCCCGCUCAUGCUGGAGAAGCUCGUGUUCAGAACCCUGCGAGACCCUAGCAGCUUCCUGGUGAUCCACCUCACCGAAUUCCAGUGUGUGGCCAGUGCCCUCAUCGUGCACUGCUCCAGCCCUGCAGACCGUGCUCGGUGGCUGGAGAAGACCCGGCAGGCCCAGGCCACCCUGCAGAAGCUGAAGGCAGAGGAGUACAUCCAUCAGAAGAGGGAGCUCCUGGCCCUCUAUCGGGACCAAGGCCAGGAGUCCCCCAGCACCAGGCCCUCCACGCCUUCCCCGGAGGGCUCUCAGAGCAGCACUGAAGGGAGGACACUCGAGAUCUCGGCCAUCAUCCCUCAGCUGGUGGUGACCGAAGACACGGACGAAGAUGCUCCCACUGUCCCAGACGACACCUCCGACUCUGGCUACGGCACUCUGAUCCCAGGCUCCCCGCUGAGCCGCCUACGCCCCAGAGCCCUUCGGCGGGACCCUCGCCUCAGCUUCUCCACCCUGGACCUCCGAGACGUGCCUUUGCGCCCCCAGCCUCCCGACUCCCAAGCUCCUCAACGCCGCAGCGCACCCGAUCUGCCAGAAGGCAUCCCGGGAGGAGGCAGCCUUCCCCGGGGAGACCCGCCCACUUGGUCUGAGGAGGAGGACGGGACCCUGGGGGGAGGCAAUGUGGUGAUGGAGACCCUGCACAGGGCCCGACUGCGGGGGCAGCUCCCUGCCUCCCCCACGCUCGUGGACUCUGCGGGAGAAAGCCCCUGGGAGUCCUCCGGGGAGGACGAAGAAGAGAGGCCCCUCUCUCCGGGGUCCAGCUGCACGCCUAUGCCCCGGCCUCUCCGGGCUGAGGACAUGCUGAGAGAGAUCCGGGAAGAACUGGCCAGCCAAAGGAUCCCGGGGGCCCCAGAGCCGAGGGACAGCAGGCCCCCGAGGCUGACCCGGGCCCAGCUGCAGAGAAUGCGGGGCCGCCACAUCAUACAGCUGGACACCCCCCUCUCCACCUCGGAGGCCUGAGGGCCUGGAGCAUUUCUCCUAGAGGAAAUCUGCUGAGGACCUGGAGACUUCUCCCAGAGGAACUCUCUCCCCAGGGUGCUGGUCACCUCCCCACCCCUGACUACCUCAAGGACCACACGCACCACAGGGAGCCUGGCCCUGCUGCCUGCUCUGAGCACUCGGAGAUCAAGAAGUGUACAUUUCUGGGACCAGCGGAUGGCAUAGUGGUUACGCUGCUGGACUCCCACAUGGUUGACCAUGGUU